AUGGUAGAAAGGCAAUGGAGAAAAUGUGUGGCUUGUUUAAGGUACGUUUUCGUUUUCUGUGGGCUGUUAGUCGCGGCGAAACCAUCGACUACAGAUUCAAACUCAAGAGGAACUUGCAAUUUUGUCAAGACUGACUCUUCAGGGGAAAUUCUCAGCCCGAGCUAUCCCCAGCCAUAUCCAGAGGACAUUGAAUGUACAUGGGAAAUUAAAAUGCCGUUGUUUGAAACUAUAGUUGUUGUGUUUAAACAUUUCAACCUGAACUCGCCUUCAGGGGACUUCUUCUGCGAGAGAGGUGACUUUGUCGAAGUUUACGAUGAGCAAGGUGGUCUUUUAGGCAAAUAUUGUGCGGGGAAUUUACCCCCAAGACAGAUAACUUCUAAGAGCAACAUCUUAAGAGUUGUUUUUAAGUCGCAUAAUCGAACAACAGAGAGCACGGCUCUCACUUAUCAAAGUGGUUUUAGUGCAAUUUAUGCCUCGUGUGGUGGAUUCUUCACGGAUGCUGUAGGUCUUCUUCAGAGCCCAAGUUAUCCUGAUCAAUUUCCAGCAGAUAUUCAUUGUUUGUGGCAGAUAAGAGUACCAUCAGACUAUGUAAUCGAGCUUCGUUUUAAGGACUUUCAAAUGGAUGGAAUGUAUCCGUGCAGUGUUGACUAUGUUAGAGUGAAAGAUGGUUUUAAUACUAAUUCCACUGAGUUAGGGCACUUCUGUACCAAGCGACUUCCUAAUGAGGAGACUCCCGUUCGUUCAACGGAUAACAAAAUGUCCCUGGAGUUCAAAUCAUACAAAGAAAGCAAUUCACGGGGAUUUAAGGCUGAGUACACUCGAGUUUCUCAUUGCAAUGGGCUCUUGCAAGGUGAUUACGGAAGAUUCACUUCUCCGGGUUACCCCGGUUCGCGGCAAAUGGACAGAACCUGCAGUUGGCUUAUAACAGUCUCAGAGGAGAAGAUAGUGUCAUUGAGGUUUGAUUUUUUCGCUGUCGAUUCUUUCACUGGGAUGUUUUCAAUUUCUGGAGACUGUGGAGAUGAUUUUGUAGAAUUGUUUGAUGGUACCAGUUCUGAUGACCCCUCCUUGGGAAAAUUCUGUACUGUCAAUAAUAAACCUACUGAUAUGGUGCGCUCAAGUGGUAGACAGAUGUUUGUAAAACUAAAAACAAGUUCCCGAAAUGAAGGAGAUGGUUUUUCAGCCAGUUACUAUGGUAUGGAUCCCUAUAGCCACUUUGCAGGAUGCAGCUUAUUUGACCAGCAACUGUUGUUUACAUGCAAUAAUGGACAGAGGAUCCAAUGCCAGUGGAAAUGCGAUGGUACAAAUGAUUGCACAGAUGCAUCAGAUGAAUUAUUCUGUAAACCUACACCAACUCCUACCAGCCAGUCAAGUAGUGAUAUACGCAACUACGUCAUUGUCAUUCUCUCUAUUACUGGUUCUUGUCUGUCCAUUGUAUGCAUUGGGUUUAUGAUAGAUCGUUUGAGAAGGAAGCGCACUGUACGACCAAGAAGAAGACACAACCUUAGAAGACCACGGCGUUCAAGGCUCUCAUCUUCUGGCGAUGCCCCCUUAACAGAUGAACCAUCAUCUCCUCCACCUCCUUAUGAAAAUGCAUGCUACAGGGUGUCUUUCAUUCAACCGCACCUAACUAAUUCUUCUCCACAAAGAGGUAGUCCUGGUGCAUUUCAAAACAGCAGAAGGAUUCAAGCCCCAGAGCAGGUUUUAUCUAACAGCAGCCAAGAAAAUACUUCUGCAAAUGUCAGAACAGAACAAAUGAUCAACAACAGUGAACAGACCAAUGCACAAGAAAUCCAGGCUAUGAUGUUAACAGAAGAAGAAGAAAGAAGGGAUGGCAUUCAUGGUAAUGUAGUCAUUGGAACAGUCUCCCCUUCAGAGUCUAUUAAUUCACUGAAUGACACUGCUCCUCUCAUUCACCGAUCUGAAAGUGUUAUUGAACUUUAA